AUGAAAACCAUGAAAGAAGACAGUAGUGAGGCGGUGGACGGAGGUGGGACCUGGAAUGAAGAGGUGACCAAGUGGUGGGGGGAAUGGAGCUCGUGGUCCACGUGUUCCCGUACCUGCGGAGGGGGUGUGAUGUCCCGGGAAAGGCACUGUUUGCAGCAGCGGCUACAAGUGUCUCAGGGGACCAACAGUACCAUGUGUCUAGGCCAGUCCAAACACUACCAGUUGUGCCAACAACAGCUUUGCCCUGCCAACGCAGCCAGUUUCAAACAGCAUCAGUGUGCCAGUUUCAAUGCCAAGGCCUUUGGGAAGCACUAUUACCACUGGAUGCCCCUUUACCCAGAUGAUUACACCAGCAUCUCCAACAAGCCAUGCGAUCUCCAAUGCACCACCAGGGGUGGAGAGAGACAGCUCAUGGCGCGGGCCCAGGAUGGCACUUCUUGCAAAGACAGGACUCACCAAGGGGUCUGCAUUACUGGGAAGUGUGAGCCAAUUGGAUGUGAUGGCAGCCUCUAUUCUUCCCAGACGAUGGAUCGGUGCCGGGUGUGUGGAGGAGAUGGAAGCACCUGCUACCGAGUCUCGGGCAGUUUCCGGAAAGGGAUCUCACAGUUAGGAUAUGUAUUUAUCACUAACAUCCCGGCUGGUGCUACAGACAUUCUUAUAAUCGAGCGAAGGAAAACGGAGAACAUCUUGGCACUCGCUGAUGAAUCUGGGCACUUCUUCUUCAAUGGGAACUCUGCCAUCGACAACCCGCAGAACUUCAGGGUGGCCGGCACCGUGUUCAAAUACCGUCGGCCUUCCAACCUCCACUCUGAUGGCCUGGAGUAUAUUAUUGCCCAGGGGCCCACCAACCAGUCUCUGAAUGCCAUGUACUAUAACUUUAAUGGGAAAAUGCCCCACGUAACCUACGACUACACGGUGCCACGGACACUGUCACCAGCUCUGCAGACCAUCCCUCCGGUCAUCAAGAUGCCUCUUUACCUUCGUCUGCCAGAUCCCAGCCACAACCAAGAUGCAGUCCCAUCCAUUUCCCAAGAUUUCAAUGCCACUUGGAUCCCGCUUGCGCCAGAUGACCUUGGGGAACGUUUCUCGCAAGGGGAAGAGCGUGGCGGCAUGGCCUUUGGCAGCCAGAACUUGUUUCCAAGCAAUUCCACGACACCAGGCUGGGACUGGGGCUGGAAACAUGGGGACGAGGGGGAAAGUUUUAGCUUCCAAGUCCAACGACUCUACCACACUAAUGGAGCUGAUGAAGCUGAAGAAGUGGGAGUAGGCAGAGAAACAGAUUUGGCGCUCAGACUCAACCAGAUCACAAUCAGCACAGCUGUCCCUCAUGGCGCAGCCAGGCCUGAUCUAGAAACUGGCAGGAUCGGGCCAUCCAGGCUGCGUCUCUUCAAGAAAUUGUGUCUUCGGGACCCACAAAAUGCUGCUUUUUGUAGGGAAUUGCACUACCUAGUGGUCAAGCUGGGAAGAAAGAAUUCAACAGUGGGGUUUUGGAGUGACCCCUUAGUAGAAUGGCCAGAAGGACUGCGCAAGCGGCCAGCAAAUGAGAACUUUCUAGAAAGCACGAAUGCUGAGGCGUACACAGUGGAUGAGGCAACCAACGACACUGUGAUGACGACAUCUUCCAAACCCAGUUCCAAGUCCAACCUACAUACUGGUUUUGGGAACAAACCCCUGUCAGAACCUCUGCAGUCUCCUGGUACUGAAAGCAAUGACUUCGAGCUGAACCCCCUUGGCCACGAUGACAUCAGCCUGGCUGACAUGUAUCGCUGGAAAGUAUCGGCCUAUGCGCCUUGCAGCUCCACAUGCACCUCGGGGAUCAGUACCUCCUAUGCCCUGUGCAUCCGCUACGACGGCGUAGAAGUGGAAGAAGCAUACUGUGAUGUGCUGACCCGUCCGGAGCCCACUCAUGAAUUCUGUGCAGGCCGAGAUUGCCAGCCCAGGUGGGAGACCAGCCGGUGGAGUGAGUGUUCCAGGACGUGCGGCGAAGGCUAUCAGUACCGGACGGUGCGCUGCUGGAAGAUGCUGGCCCCAGGCUUCGAUAGCUCUGUUUAUGACGACAUGUGUGAGUCAGCUGGGCUGGCCAGGCCCAUGGAGAGGAAAUCGUGCGUGAACAAACCCUGUGGGCCACAGUGGGAGCUGUCAGAGUGGUCUGAGUGUUCCGCUCGGUGUGGCGGCCCAGGGACCAUGAAGAGGGCUGUGCGCUGCUCGGUAGAGCCACAUCUGUGCAACGAGUCACUGAGGCCUGUCGGUGAGAAGGAAUGCUCAGGCCCUCCCUGUGACCGCCACUGGACUGCUUCUGACUGGGGACCAUGCUCAGGUUCGUGUGGCGAGGGGCGGAUGAACCGCUUCAUCACAUGCCGCAAUUUGGAGGGGAAGGUGAUCUUAGACUCCCAGUGCGAUCCUGACACCAAGCCACUAGCAAUUUAUCCCUGUGGUGACAAGAACUGCCCUGCCCAUUGGGUUGAGCAGGAAUGGGAUCAGUGCAACGCCACUUGUGGCCGAGGAGUCAAGACACGGACAGUGCUGUGUGCGGGGCUGGAGCACGGCGUGUACAGGGAGUAUCCGGAGAAGCGCUGCGACGCCUUCCCUAAGCCGGAAGUGCAGGCAUCUUGUUUCAAGAGGCCCUGUUCCACGUGGUUUUCCACCUCUUGGUCCCAGUGCAGCAAGACGUGCGGCACAGGCUUGCGGGUCCGAGAGGUGAAAUGCUACCAAGGAGAAGCCCUAGGACAAGGCUGCGAUUCAUCUUCCAAGCCUGAAGCCAAGCAGAUUUGCCAGCUACAGCUGUGUCCUACAGAUGCUCCAGAUGAAGACUGUGAGGACAAAGCAUCAGCUAACUGCGUGCUGGUCAUGAAAGUGAAACUCUGUUCCCACUGGUACUACAGGAAGGCCUGCUGUAGAUCUUGUAGGAAUAAGGCACUCUGAUUUCUUCCACCUGCCUUUUAAAAAAGUUUCCUGCUGGA